AUGCUGAGGACGGAACGGCGGAAGCUGGCCCCAGCCACAGCCCCAGUGCUGGGCCAGGGAGUCGCUCUCAGCCAGUGGAGUCCCAGAAUGGCAGGGACAAGCCCCAGGGAAGGCUGUAGGGGAGCCCACAGAGGGGGAGCUCGGCGAGGCCUUGCUGAGGGGUGUCAGGGGGACAAGUGGAGGGACACCGGCGGGGCUGCUUCGCGGGGGUCUCUGACCCUCUGCAGGCUCUCAGGACCUGCUCUGGGUCCACUGGGUCUGGAUGGCAAGCCGGGACUUCCAGGCCCCAAAGGGGAAAAGGGUGCACCAGGAGACUUCGGCCCCCGGGGAGACCAAGGGCAAGAUGGAGCCACUGGGCCUCCAGGGCCACCUGGACUCCCUGGGGCCCGUGGUCCUCCUGGCGACACCGGGAGAGAUGGCCCCAGGGGACCACAGGGCCCGGCGGGUCCCAGAGGAGAGCCCGGACACGACGGCGAGACGGGCCCGAAGGGACCCCCAGGGCCCAGGGGUGAGCCCGGCGAGCCUGGAAAGAAGGGCGAUGACGGGAUGCCAAGCCAGCCCGGGCCCCCUGGACUUCCAGGGCCCAAGGGCGAGCCAGGGAGCGUGGGUCCCCCGGGAGAGAGCGGCGUGGACGGUGCCCCAGGACUCAAGGGGGAGCCCGGCCACCGGGGAGUGGACGGAGCUGCAGGCCUCCGGGGACCCCCAGGCCUCAAGGGCGAGCAAGGGGACACGGUGGUGAUCGACUAUGAUGGCCGGAUCUUGGAUGCACUCAAGGGUCCUCCAGGGCCACAGGGGCCGCCGGGGCCACCAGGGAUCCCUGGAGCCAAGGGCGAACUUGGGUUGCCGGGUGCCCCCGGAAUCGAUGGAGAGAAGGGUCCCAAAGGCCCGAAAGGAGACCCAGGGGAGCCCGGGCCGGCUGGACUUAAAGGAGAAGCUGGCGAGAUGGGCUUGUCCGGCCUCCCGGGCACCGACGGCCUCAAGGGGGAGAAGGGAGAAUCAGCGUCUGACAGCCUACAGGACAGCCUGGCCCAGCUCAUCGUGGAGCCCGGGCCUCCCGGUCCCCCCGGCCCUCCCGGCCCCAUGGGCCUCCAGGGAGCCCAGGGCCCCAAGGGCUUGGACGGCGCAAAGGGAGAGAAGGGAGCGUCAGGCGAGAGAGGCCCCAGCGGCCUGCCUGGGCCUGUUGGCCCACCGGGCCUUAUCGGGCUGCCGGGAACCAAAGGAGAGAAGGGCAGACCCGGGGAGCCAGGACUAGAUGGCUUCCCUGGACCCCGAGGAGAGAAGGGUGACCGGAGCGACCGUGGAGAGAAGGGAGAGCGAGGAGUCCCCGGCCGGAAGGGAGUGAAGGGCCAGAAGGGGGAGCCAGGACCGCCGGGCCUGGACCAGCCGUGUCCCGUGGGCCCCGACGGGUUGCCCGUGCCCGGCUGCUGGCAUAAGUGACCCCCAGGCCCAGCUCACACCUGUACAGAUCCGUGUGGACGUGCUUAAUCUUUGUAAAAACAAAACAGUAAUAUAUUGAUCUUCUUCCUGGAAUGCACCACCUAUGGCCUUCUCACACUGGAGAGUGUGCCGCUAGGCCCCAGGGCCAUCAGCACGUGGAGCUGCAGGACAGUGGCCAGGCCAGCCUAGAGGACCUGUGAACAUGAAGGGCGCCCUCGGGCUGGUCUUGCCUGGGAGGCAGACCAAGGUGAAGGUUCCGGCUCAGGCAAGGCUGGAAAGACGCCGGGUUGAGCCUUGUCACCUGACCAGAGGACAGACUCACUGCUGUCGCACUGCCCUUCGAGAGCUGGCCCGGAGCUCCACGGUCCCCAUCACGCCCUGCCGAGAAGGUCCAGGGCUCGGACAGCAGCCUCAGCUGCCCCAGGCCUCACCAGCCUCCAGACUCAGCCACAGCCAGCCGCCCCUACCCUCGGGCCCCUCAAGACUCCCGCCCAGCGUUGGUGCUGGAUCCGGGGGCAGACAGCGGAAAGGACCCAAGGGCCUAGCUUUCCCUGAGUCAGCAGGCCUCGGGCUGCCACCUGCCAUGAGACCAUGGGGCCCCUGGCCAGGAGCAGGGGCCGAGCUCUGGUCACCGCCACGUGGGCCCAGCUGCCUGAAGCCCAGUGAGCCCUGAGUGUCGGGGAUGGAGGGUCCCAGGCUGGACCAGCUGCUGCUUCCUGUCCCUGUCUCCAUAUCACCCAGAGCAGGGUCGGGAUGGGGCUGGCCUGGCCUGAGGAGGCAGGCCUCCUGCUCAGAGUCGGGGUCCCCCGGCCCUGAGUCUCCCACCCAGAACUCUGUCAGGCUGCCAGAAGGGGCCCUCCCAGUGAGCUAUGCAGACAAAGCGAACCUCAGGGCUGGUGGCAGCUGGCGUGAGCAGGGGGCCUGACCCAGAAGCCCCUCCACCUCCGGCAGGCCUCCCGGCAACCCGCCCUGACCAGGCUGCCCACCUCCCAUCUCUGUAUAGAUGGAUAUCGCUGCGUGUAAUAAAUGGCAAGUGUGUGUCUGG